AUGGGCGAGAAAGAGCAUGAUAUCUCGCCAGCGCGAGAGGCCAGCAUUGACGAGGGGCAACUCGCUGCUGAGAAGCAGAUGCGCGACAUCGGCGCAGAUCUAUACCUCGAAGUACAACAAUACUCGAGAGAGGAGCUAGAAGCAGAGCGAAAGGUCGUACUUCGGAAGAUCGAUUGGGUCAUUAUGCCAAUGAUCUGCAUGACAUACAUGAUCCAAUUCCUCGAUAAACUGUCCCUAAACUACGCAAAUGCCUACACUCUAACACCUGACCUCGGCCUCGAAGGCGACCGCUACGGUUGGGUCGCCGCCAUCUUCAAUUUCGGCUACCUCUUCUGGGCGCUCCCAGCAAACUACCUCAUUCAGCGACUCCCCGUUUCGAAAUACACCGGCUCCAUGAUCCUCCUCUGGUCCAUCCUCCUCUGCUGCCACGUCGCGGCCAAAAACUACGCUGGGAUGCUCGCCCUGCGUUUCUUACUGGGUAUGUUCGAAGCGAGUAUCAGUCCAGCUAUCAUGAACAUUGUCAGCAUGUUCUACCGGCGCGACGAACAACCAGUACGCAUGUGCGUUUUCCUUGCUUUCAACGGCAUGGCGACAAUGGUUGGCGCCUUGCUUGGCUACGGCCUUGGUCACGCACACUCGUCGCAUAUCAAGACCUGGCAGCUCAUCUUCCUCGUCAUUGGGCUGUUGAACUUCGUCUGGGCGUGGGUGUUCCUCUGGGUCAUGCCUGAUAGUCCUUCCACUGCGAAAUUCUUAUCGCACAAGCAGAGAAUCGUGGCGAUUGACCGGAUUGCAAGCAACAUGAUUGGUGUCAAGACGAAACAGUUCCAGAAGGCGCAGGCGGUGGAAGCUGUUCUUGAUUUCAAGGUCCUUUGCAUCAGUUUGAUUGGACUCUGCUGCGGCGUGAUCAACGGCGGUGUGUCAAACUUCUCAUCUUCACUCAUUCGCGGAUUUGGGUUCAGUGGGAUUUAUGCUACAUUACUGCAGCUUCCGACGGGUGCGAUUGAGUUUGUGGUUGUCCCGCUUUGUGGGCUUGCAGCUGGGUACUUUAGGGAUACGCGUUGUCUCAUCCUGGCCGUGGUUUGUUUGCCGCCGUUGGCUGGACUUCUGGGCAUUCGACUCACGCCCUUGUCACAACGCUGGAGUCUGGUUGGGUGCACAUGGUUGCAGUACAUCGUCGGUGCUCCGGUCAUUCUGUCGUGGAAUCUGCUGACGACAAACAUCGCCGGACAUACGAAGCGCAGUACGGCGAACGGGCUGUGGUUUGUUUUCUACGCUGGGGGAAACAUAGCGGGUGCGAACAUUUUCUUUUCAAGAGAGGCGCCGAGGUACUUUUCAGCCUUGACAGGACUUAUUGUCUGUUACUGCGCUAUGGUGGUUAUAGCCGGUGUGCUGGCUUUGUGGAUGAGCUGGGAGAAUAAGAGGAGGGAUAAGAAGUUUGGUCAAGGAGAAGAUGAGCAAGCCAUUAGGGAUGGAUUUAGCGAUUUGACGGAUAAGCAGGCCAAGCACUUUAGAUAUGCGUUGUAA